AUGGGGAAGGCCAAAAGGAACCAGGCCAUUGUCAUCUCGACCUCCGACGACGAUGACAACAACGAUGCAGAUUUCUCACUGGAAGCAGGUUACCGUUUUUCAGAAUCAGCUCCAAACAGGAAGAACCCUAAAAGAGCUAAGAAGGUUCCGUCUGCGAGCUCCUGCCCGCGGCCUUUCCCACAGUCUCGUUCUAGUGGAUUUGAUGAGGUCAGACUUAUCUGUGAAGAAUUUGAUCAAGGACUUACUCAGUUCAAGGUAACAGCUGGUUCGAGUUGUAACAUGGAUAUGUGGGUGGAAAAAUAUAAGCCUAGUUGCUUGGAGGAGCUAGCUGUUCAUAAGAAGAAGGUUGAAGAAGUUAGAAUGUGGUUUGAGGAGAGACUAAGAAAGUCUGCAGAUAAUUCAGACAGUAAUGUAAUCAUUCUCUCUGGGCAAGCUGGGGUUGGAAAAUCUGCAACAAUCUAUGCUAUUGCACGCCAUCUUGGAGUGGAAGUGCAUGAAUGGAACACACCUACCCCCACGAUAUGGAAAGAGCAUCUGCAUAAUUCUAAUUCAGGGAUACGAUAUAUGUCAAAAUUGGAUGAAUUUGAAAGUUUUGUUGAAAGGAUCAGGAAAUAUGGAUUAGUUUCCUCAUCCUCGAACAGGUUAUACGCAUCAUCAAUCAUACUCUUGAUUGAUGAUCUUCCUGUGGUACAUGGAAAGGUCUCUUAUGGAAGACUUCAGAGGUGCUUGCAUCUUCUUGUGCAAUCAGUGCGUCUUCCUACAGCCAUAUUAAUCAACGACACGGACAGAUCUGAAUAUACGGAGAGCAACAGCCGGUACUCAGAAGAACUCCAGCUAGCUCUACAAAAUGCUGGGGCUUGUAAGGUGUCGUUCAAUCCUAUCACAGUCAAUUCUAUCAAAAGGGUACUUAAGAGAAUAUGCAGAGAAGAAAAUUUUGAGGCUAGUGAUGAACAGAUUCAUACUAUAGCAAAAGCCAGUGGAGGAGAUAUAAGACAUGGAAUUACAUCUUUACAGUACAUCUCGCUAAAACCACAUCCUAGGAAGUGUUUAUCUGUUUCAAAGGGAGUUCCAGCUUAUCAGGAAAAGGAUGGGAGCUGGAGUGGUCAUUUGAACGAUGGUGCCUCUCUGCCAUUUGGAAAAGAUGCUACUCUAUCUUUGUUUCAUGCAUUGGGCAAAUUUUUGCACAACAAGAGGGAGACUGACUGUUUAGUUACAUCAGAUGGAGAUGCAUUUCCUCUUAAGGAGAAAUUCAUCAGACGUCCUCUAAAAAUGGAUGCUCCAGAGUUGGUGCUAUCUCAGGCACAUGGGCAAGCGAGAUCUAUGGCAGAUUUUAUUCAUGAAAAUGUUUUAGACUUUGUGAAUGAGGAUGCAAUCGAGGAUGCGUGGGUAAUCGAGAGAUAUUUAAGUGACACUGACUUGCUUCUCGCCCCAUCUAGUGGAACUUUAUGUCGAGAUUUUGAAGUUGAGAACAUUAAACAAUCUAUUGCUGCUUCGGUUGCUGUGCGAGGAGUGUUGUUUGGGAAUUCUGAUCCACUGUCUUCUAGGUGGCAUGCUAUUCGCCGUCCGGUCCUCUGGCAGGUUGAGCAGUCACUAUGGCAUAAUAAGUUUCAAAAUCUGAGUCAAUUGGGAGAUGGCCAUAUUGGUAUAAGACAAAGGAAUCAAUCAGUUUUCGCCACCGAGUUUAAACCGGCUCUCAGCUGGCUUGGAAAUAGAAUACCUGAGGAUGAAUGUCAUUACAUGAGUUUGGAUGAAAAAGAUAACGACAUUGAUGAUGGUGAUGAUGAUAUCGAAGACUGGUAG